CUGCUGUGCAGCUUCCUCUUCUCCUGCUUUGCUUUGCUUUGAAGAAGCCUCCCUCCUUUUUCCUUCCCUCUCCUCUCUCCCUUACGCGAUGGCCGCAGCCAACUUGAUCGCGCGCACGCUCACCAACACCCACAUCGCGCGCACGCUCAACAUCAGCUACGAUGCCAACUCCAACGACAUGCACUAUGUCGACCCCUCCACGGGCACUCUGUUCGUGUACAACCUCGGCGACAUUGCAUGGGUCCUCGCAUCGAUGGCCCUCGUCUGGAUCAUGAUUCCUGGUGUUGGAUUCUUCUACUCCGGCUUGUUGAGAAGGAAGAAUGCGUUGAGCAUGAUAUGGCUCAGCAUGAUGACGGUCGCAGUGGUCUCUUUCCAGUGGUUCUUCUGGGGCUUCUCUUUGGCGUUCAGUGAGACUGGUAGUGCUUUCAUCGGAGACUUGAAGUACUUCGCCCUUCGGGGCGUCCUCGAGUCGCCUUCCAUUGGCUCGACCCGUAUCCCCAGCAUCGUCUUCUGCAUCUACCAGCUCAUGUUCGCUGCCAUCACCCCUAUCCUCGCCAUCGGCGCUCUUGCUGAACGCGGCCGACUCUGGCCGUCGAUCUUCUUCGUCUUCGCCUGGAGCACGCUCGUUUACGACCCCAUUGCCUGCUGGACAUGGAAUAGCAACGGCUGGUCGUUCGUUCUUGGCGGGCUCGACUUCGCCGGCGGAUCCCCCGUGCACAUCUCCUCCGGCUCUGCGGCGCUCGCUAUCUCCAUCUACUUGGGCAAGCGUACUGGAUGGGGUACUGCCCGCCUGGCAUACAAGCCCCACAACACGACAUAUGUCGUUCUUGGCACGGUCCUCCUGUGGUUCGGGUGGUUUGGCUUCAAUGGCGGCUCUGCGCUCUCAGCCAACAUGCGUGCUGCCAAUGCCUGCAUCAUCACCAACUUGGCUGCUAGCGUGGGUGGAUUAACUUGGAUGUUCUGGGAUUGGCGGCUGGAACGUAAGUGGUCUGCUGUCGGCUUCUGUUCUGGAUCCAUCGCGGGUCUCGUCGCUAUCACCCCUGCGUCUGGUUUCGUCGGAGCCCCUGCUUCGGUCCUUUUCGGAUUCAUGGCCGGCACGCUCUGCAACUUUGCGACGCAGCUCAAGUUCUUGUUCGGAUACGACGACACGCUUGAUAUCUUUGCCUCGCACGCUAUUGGUGGUGUCAUCGGCAACCUGCUCACCGGUCUUUUCGCCCAGUCGCGUAUUGCCUUCUACGACGGAGCUACCGUGAUCCCUGGAGGAUGGCUCGACCAUCACUACAUCCAGCUUGCGUACCAGCUCGCCGACUCAGUCGCCAGCAUGUCUUACAGCUUUGUCAUGACCACCGUCAUUCUCUGGAUCAUGCACUUCAUCCCCACACUGCGUUUGCGGGCGUCAGAGGAGAGCGAGCUCAUUGGCAUUGACGACACGGAAAUGGGUGAAUACGCCUACGAUUACGUUGGCCUCGAGCAGGAGAUCGGCCACACCCUUGAGAUCAAUGGUGGUCCUGAUGCUCAGGCUGGUGGCCGGGAAGGUCAUCACCACCACCAUCACGAGAAGGUCGCUGAUGGAGACAGUGCUUGAGUUUCGAGAAAAUAAUCUAUUUACCUACGUACCAACUACUUAUCUAGACGUCGCAGACUCGGCCGUUGUUGUCCUGUUCUUUUACUGUGACUAGUAUUUCUAUCGUUUAUGGAUCACAAGCCAAUUGGUUCUCAUCUUCUGGCUCCUGGGCCCAAAGUGUGAAUGACGUGAGGUUAGCAUUUUCC